AUGUCUGAAGCGAGAUCAGCUUCGAAGAGUCGUGCAUUUUAUUACGAUAAUACCCAUGUAUAUCCAAUCGCGCAGAUCAUUGGCAAUAUGUUGCCAAUGAAUGUAUUAUUGUCAAAUUUUUUAAAAGAAUGGUUAACAAUGACAGAUAACAAGCAAAAUUAUAUGGGUUAUUUACAUGUUAGAGAUUUAUCUAAAGAUGAUAUUCAAUCAAAUUUUUAUCAACAUAUUAUAAAACUGUUUCCACAUUAUAAAGCAAUAUUACAGUAUUCUAACAAUUAUUAUGGUGAUGUAUAUAAAAAUGUUUUUCGGGGUUUGAGACCGGGUUUCUGUCUCGUUAAUGAUACAAAUCUAGCGCGUAAAGCAUUAGACAGUAGUCUUGAUAUUGCAUACUUACCAACAAAUAUUGUGUCAAUAUUAGAACUAAAAAAAAAAUUGAAAAAUAAUGAUGUUGGUCAAUUAUUACAUUACUUACAAAUCGUUCUAGAUUAUUCGCCCAAACGAAAAUAUAUGAUUGGUGCCAUCACGGAUUUCGCUAGUAUUAGAUUUGCAAAAGUCGUGCGUAUUAGUGAUAGUGAAUAUAAAUAUGAAAUAUCUCUACAAAAUGUUCUUGGAAACGACGUCGAAUUUUUAUUAAAAUAUCUCACAACAUUUUUUUCAAUGAAACAUGAAGACUUUGGUUUUAUUAAAUUGAAUCCAUUACCUCACGAUUUAGUUAUUCAUAACAAAGUAUUAGGCGUUGGUGCAAAUUCUGUUGUGGUAACUUGUUUUAUGGAAAAUGACGAUAAAAAAAAUUUAUAUGCACUAAAAAUAACAACUGAUAACGUUCAUAAUGAAUAUGAAAUAUACAAAAAACUUAAGUAUGAAAAUUUUGUAUGUGAAACAAUUAAUGAUUAUGGAUUAUUGUUCAAACAUUUGCCCGGUGAUAUUAUUUCGUCUAAAAAUUUAUUGUUAUUAGCAAAUAUAUCAACAAUAUGGAACCAAUUAGUCAAUGCUCAUGAACUGAAUUUAGUACAUCGAGAUAUUAGAAAACCAAACAUCAUUGAAACAAAAAGUAAUAGUUUAUCAAAUGGUAAUAACUGUUCGUUUUAUAUUAUUGAUUGGGGCAGCGCUUGUGAGCAGGGCGAAAAAUGUUUGUAUCGUGGUACUUUAUCAACAGCAUCAACAUAUGUGUUAGAACAACUAGAUAAUAAGAACCCGUUGAUAGAAUCAACAUUUGUUGAUGACGCUAUAUCGCUGUUAAAAUGUAUUUUAUAUGAAUUCGAAUGUUUUAAACCAUGCUUGAAGGUAAUUAAAGAUUAUGCAUUAACAAACAAUUAUAGUGGUAUCUUAUCUAUGUACACAACGAUAAAAACCGAAGUUGAUAAAAGUAAUAAACCGUGUUUAUUCAAUAUCAUUGAAUAUUUAGAAGCAAAUAGAAUAACAUUAAAUAAAAAACAAUUGAAUUUAUAUAUGAAUGAAUGUAUUCAAAACAAUUAUUUAUUGCAGAAUAUAAAUGAACAACUGGAUGAUGAACUGAACGUUUUAUUUGCUCGUUGUAAAAAAGAAAAAGGGGACGGUGGCAAAUGUAGUUUGAAAGGCAACCGCACACAAGAUGCGUAUGGGCUUCGUGAACUUUUAGUUUUGAUGGAAUCAGAAACUUAG